UCUCACAUUCACCCAAUGGAUGUUCAGAUGGCAGUAUUUCAUUGUUCAGACAGCUUCCUUAAGCAGAACCUGGUUACAAAGCUAUCACAGUGUCAGUAUGCCUUACCUUUGCUGGUCCCUGACCCAGUCACAAAGGAUAUUGAAUGUCCUCUGUGGACAUUCAGGCAAAUAACAAAAACAUGGAAGAUAGCUAAAAUCAAAGAUAAUUCAAAUGUUGUCAACAUGAAGAGUAUGCCCAUCUGCAAAGCUGAGACACCCAUGGUGUUUUUCUUCCGCCUGGGUUCACUGCCAGUGUCAAAAUCUCAGCUCAUGAACACUUUGAUCAAUGACCGUCACAGCGCCUUCUUCCACAGGAACUGCCCAGGUAGCACCAAAUCUCGGCUGCUGAUGGAUGGUGUGGCAGAGAUUGCCUGGUACUGCCCUGCUGGAAAACCCAAUGACUCCUUCCCUGACUGCAUUGCCUUUUGUAAUCUUCAUGGUGAUGCUCUGUCAUUUGAAAAACAGCGUGAGAUACUGACAGAAAAAUCCUCAGUUAAUGUUGUUCUUUUGCCAACUCUGGCGAAAGGCCAGAAAAGUACUACAGUCAUCCAAGCCCUUUAUAGCUCACCAACGGCACUCAUUAUUCUCAUUGCUGAUGAUGAUAGUGAUGCAGUUCAGGUUAAAAAUGGAAAAUACAAAAUGGGUGUGAAAGACAGAAAUCAAUCAGAGGUUUCUGAUGAACUGAAAGGAAUAAUUAAAGAAAUUUUAUCUGGACCUCACACAUCCUUCCAGCUUGAAUCAAUGGCUGAGGUUUCUGGAGUCACAGUGGAUGAAGAUCAUGUAGUCUACCAAAAAGGGAAAGCUGCUGCACUGAAAACAGUUAAAAUGCUUCAAGGGAUGGAAAUUUCUAAGCUCAAAGAAAAAUUUCUCCCCUGUCAAGCCAAGCUGUGGCAUGAGUGGUGCAGAAUAAAUAAAGAGCUGUAUCACCUUAAAGGAAACAUUGAGAAGGAAAAAAGUGAGAAACAACAGCAGCUGAUGCAAAUAAGACAAAAUCAGUGCGAAGCUUCAUGUAGUGAACUGAUGAAGUCAUUCACAGAAAGCCUCUUGUCUUUGCCAUCAAAAGAGAAGGAGUACUUCCUGAAAUGGACUCAGAUCUUAAUAGAUGCCCUAUCCACAGACGAGAUAUCUUCAAUUCUCCAAAGCUAUGAUGAAAAGUGGACUGAAGUCUUAACCCUGAAGAAGAAACAUGACAAAUCUGAUCUGUUAACAAGCAAACAAACAGAGCUUGAAGAAAUCUCCAAAACACUGCAGUCUGCAAUGUUUGGCUUGGAGCACAUCUUCAGAGAAAUGGGACAGAUCUAUGAAGCCCAUAGAGCAGUACAAGCAGAAAGUAAACACACUGAGUGGGUUAAAUACCCUGAACUGGCUGCAGAUCUGAUGAUUUCAGGACACCCAGUGGAGCUGAUGGAUGGUGAUGCAGGUCAUGUCCCGUUAACAUGGAUCUCUAGUCUUUUAGAUGAAGUCAUCAAGAAACUAGGCGACCAGAGAGUUUUUGUGUUGUCAGUUUUGGGCCUACAAAGCAGUGGAAAAUCAACAAUGCUGAAUGCCAUGUUUGGACUGAAGUUUGCAGUGAGUGCAGGCAGAUGCACCAAAGGUGCCUUCAUGCAGCUGGUCAAAGUGUCAGAGGAAAUCAAGAAAGACUUCCAGAUUGACUAUUUUCUAGUGGUGGACACUGAAGGACUUCGUGCUCUUGAGCUGGCAGGAAAUAGUACUUGUAAUCAUGACAAUGAAUUAGCAACAUUUACUGUUGGUCUGGGAAACAUGACACUGAUCAACAUCUUUGGUGAGACUCCAGCUGAGAUGCAGGAUGUCCUGCAGAUUGUUGUUCAGGCUUUCAUGAGGAUGAAGAAGGUUAAACUUUCUCCGAGUUGUGUGUUUGUUCACCAGAAUAUUACAGACAUUGGAGCUGCUGAGAAAAACAUGGAUGGGAAAAGACGCCUACAAGAAAAACUGGACCAUAUGGCUAAACUAGCUGCUAAAGAGGAAUCAUGUGAUGCUGAGUGCUUCAAUGAUGUCAUUUCCUUUGAUGUGCAAAAAGAUGUGAAAUACUUUGCUCAGCUAUUGGAGGGAAGUCCACCGAUGGCUCCUCCAAAUCCAGGCUACAGUGAGAGCAUCCAAGAGCUGAAGAACAUCAUCCUGUCUAAAGCUAAACAGUCUGCCGGCGUAAAACUGUCACAUUUCAGAAUAAAAAUUCAUGACUUGUGGAAUGCUCUAAUUAAUGAGCAAUUUGUUUUUAGCUUCAAAAACUCACUAGAAAUUGCUGUUUACAGAAAACUUGAGGUUGAAUAUGGGAACUGGACCUGGGCCCUGAGGAGCAACAUGCUGGCGAUUGAAAACCAGCUUCACACCAGAAUUGAAAAUGGAGACAUUGACAAAAUUGAGCGUAGUGAUAUUGUUAAAGAAAUGAGCAAAACAUCUGAAAAAAUCAAAAAAGAUAUGUCAAAGUACUUUGAGGAUGACAGAGACAAAGAUAUGUUGGUUCAGUGGAGAGGCCGAUUUGACAACAAAAUAAAGGAGUUCCAAGAGGAGCUGGUGAGAGGAGUGCAAAGAAAACUGGAUGAAGUUAUGCAACAGAAGAAAGCGUGUAAAAAGCUGGAGGAUAAGAAGCCAGAGUUUGAGAACAAGCUGCUGCAAAAGAGCAAAGAGCUCGCUCAUCAGUUAAAAGACAAACCAAAAGAUGACAGGGAACUUCAAAAACAGUUCGAUGGUGUUUGGAGUGACUGGGUAAAGGAUUUAAUUGCAGAUACAAAACCCAUUGAGGACAUCAACCUGGAAGAGGAUCAGGAAACUAUCCUUCAAGAUGUUGGGAUUGAACAAAAUAUUAUAAAUGAUUCCAAAAGCAGUGGGAAAUACAAAAAUAUGUCUGAGUUUGAUGACUACAUGGGUUAUAUCGUCCACAAGCAACAAAAAGGACAGGGCAUUGUAGCCCAAGUUUUUUCAUUGAUUGAAGAUCACAUUUGGGGACCUAUGGAGUAUGAGGACCAGGAACAGAUCAGAUCACUAAUAAUCAGCAUUGACAAAGAGUCUCUUGAUGCAGUCAAGAGCAAACCUGUAGCAACAAGAGGCUACAGUUCAGCUUACUUACAAGAAGUGGCCAAAAAUGUUCAAGACACAGUGUCAGAGUUUGAAUCAAACCAGAAAUGUACUUUCAAAAAGGAGUUCACAGUUGAUCUCUUACUGUACAUAUUUGACAGGGCGGGCAGUUGGCUUUCACAGUCUCAUGAGAAAUAUAAAAUGAACAUUGAUGCACGCACUUAUUUGGAAAGCAAAAAAACACAAUACUACAACAUUUUCAGAAGCUUCUGCAAAGGAAGCUCAUCUGCUGUUGUGUUUGGAGAAAUGAUCUGUGAAAAACUGAAGGUUUCCAUUGUUGAAGCGGUCUGUAACAGGACUGCCAUUGAUCUCGCUGGAGAGAUGAGGUGCACUUUCCCAGCAUUCAAUGGGAACCGACUGAACUUAGAGAAACAUUUGUUGACAUUACUUGCAGAGAACGAGGACUUUGAUGCUUUCAUCACCUACAUCCAAAAUCCAAGGAAGCAAGUAGCAGCCUUUAUCAAAGAGAGAGUAAACACGUACAUGUUCACAGAAUACAAAGAAAAAGCUCAAAACAUACUCAGGAAAAAUGUGGAUGUGAUACACAAUUUUGUCUCUCAAGCUUUGUUUGAUGCAACAAAUAAUGUCAAAACACAAAGAGGAGACACUGACAUGUGGGUAAAGGAAUUUUGCAGUUUCCUUAAAGAUAAAUUGACGCUUGAAUCUAUCUCUUGUCAAAACUUCGGGGACAUAAACAAUUUCGAAUUUCUUAAAGAAGAGAUUGAGAAAGGUCUUAUAUCCAUCAAAGAGGAGAUGAAUCAGCUUUCCUUGGAUAAGAUGAAGGAAUUCAGACUGAGACCUGAUCAAAUCCUCAUUGAUCAGCUGUGUAACUGCUGCUGGGAAACCUGCCCGUUCUGUGCAGCUGUUUGUACCAACACUGUUAAAGAUCACAGUCCUGAAGAUCACAGUGUCCCCUUUCAUCGACCUUCUGCACUCAGUGGUGGACACUACAAGAACAGUGAUGAAAUGAGUGUCGAGUUCUGCACAACAAAAGUUGCAAGUGAUAUACGUUUUUACCCUAAUCUAAGGUUAGAUCCCAUUCCUUUUAAAAAGUACCGCAAAGCCGGACCACCAUAUAAAAACUGGAGAAUCACCCCUGAUGAAUCUAAGCUGAAGUACUGGACAUGGUUUGUGUGUCGGUUUCAGAAGGAAAUGGAAAAGCACUAUCGUUUUAAAUUCACAGGGAGUGGUCAGAUUCCCAGAGAGUGGAAAACACACACUAAAGAAGAUGCUAUUGAAAGUCUGAAUGAAAUGUGCAAACUGUGA